UAGUGAUGUGCGGUGAUGUGGAGACAGGGGGAGUGUUGCCAUGUGAGGACGCCGAUGUCAGAUACUUAGAGGAAAGGCAGACGACGAUGCUGCACUACCUUGGCUUCCUCUCUCAGCUCACACUGGUGUGCCUGUCUUCAUGUCUUGGACUGACUGAUGAACAGCGGUAGUCAGGUCGGGAGGGUGAUUCCCUGUCAUAGCGUCUUCUAUUCACACAUAACGGAACUGGACGACUUUCACACUUCGUGCAAUUUACAAUGGGUUGCAAUCUGUGCACUUUUCAGAAGAGAGAGGAGCACUACAAACUGCUCUAUGAAGUUUCCCAGGUUAAUGGGAAAGACCUCUCAAAGGCAACCCACGAAGAAGCAGUUGAAGCCUUCCGGAAUGCUAAAGAACCAAUAGUAGUCCAAGUUUUAAGAAGAGCACCCCAUAACAGAGGGCAUGGAAGUUCACAGGAAGCACACCUUGUGAAUGUGAGCACCCAAACAGACAUCACAUUUGAGCAUAUCAUGGCUCAAGCCAAACUCAGACCAUCCACUCCACCAGUUCCUGACAUUUGUCCUUUUCUUCUUUCAGACAGCUGCCAUUCUCUUCAUCCAAUGGAGCAUGAAUUUUAUGAAGGUAAUGAGUAUCUUUCCAGCCUGCCUGGUGAUGGAGAUAGAACUGAAGACUUUGAGUAUGAGGAAGUUGAACUGUGCCGUCUGAAUAGCCAGGACAGACUGGGCCUAACUGUCUGCUACCGGACUGAUGAUGAGGAAGAUACAGCAAUAUAUGUCAGUGAGGUUGCUCCAAAAAGUAUUGCAGCAAGAGAUGGUCGCAUUCGAGAAGGAGACAGGAUUUUGCAGAUUAAUGGCCAGGAUAUCCAGAACAGAGAGGAGGCGGUGAUUUUACUUUCCAGUGAUGAAUGUAGGAAAAUUGUCCUUCUGGUAGCAAGGCCAGACAUACCGCUGGAUGAAGGGUGGCUUGAUGAUGAAAGGAACGAAUUCUUGGAAGAGUUAAACAUGCAGAUGCUGGAGGAACAACAUAAUGAAUCAGUGCAGUACACCACUAAUGAAGUGCAACAGCAGAAAAAGCCAGAAGAGGAAGAUGGUACAACUGACACAGCAACUUCGUCGUCCAAUAACCAUGAAAAAGACAGUGGUGUAGGACGUACAGAUGAAAGUCAGCACCAUGAUGAAAGCUCUGAAAUGGAAAAUAAAGUGAAAGAUCACAGAAUCACUUGUCUUCAGAAAAACCCAAAGCUAAGACAAAGUCAAGAUACAUUAGGAAGUAUUGAACUCCAGUUCAAUGACAGUAUGGUUUCUGGGGAAUAUAUAGAUUCUGAUCCUACUAUUAGUCAAGAAGAGGAGUGUGAAAGAUUUCGACAACUGUUAGAGCUGAAGUGCCAAAUCCGAAACCGAGGAGAGUAUGACCUGUACUACUCAAGCAGCACUAUUGAAUGUAGCACAACAGAGCCUUGUGGAGUUGAACAUGAGUUACAGCUUUUGAAUGAAGAGUUAAGAAGCAUUGAACUUGAGUGCCAAAGUAUAAUGCAGGCGCACCGGCUCCAAAAUGUUAGAAAUAAAACCAGCGAUAUUUUGGAAAUUCACAGUGAUGAUUUGUGCAAUUAUAACACUAGCACAGACUUACAGAGAGACAAAGUGGGUAAUCUCGGAGAGCACACAGAGAGAUCUGAUAAGGACAGUUCUAGUGCGUAUAACACAGCAGAAAGUUGUAGGAGCACACCACUGACUGUAGGCAAGUCCCCAGAAAGCACCUUACAGAGAAUAAUUAGUAUCACAAACCGGAAAAAUCUCAGUAGCACCAUUGUGACAAACCAUUUAACUUCUGGACUGAGCAGUAUUGAGUAUACUCCAACCAAAUCUCUUACUACCGGGCAGAACUCUCCAGCAGAAUACCAAGAUAAUAUGUUAGAAUGUAGUAAGUUCUUAGAUCAUAGGAAACCAGUCCCAGAUGAAAUCCCUUAUCUUUCACCAUACCACAGUUCAUCAUAUAGAUAUGGGAAUAUACCAGUCCAUGCAAGACAUUAUCAAAGUUACAUGCAACUUGUUCAACAGAAAACUGCGGUGGAAUAUGCACAAAGCCAGCUAAAUCUAGUAACAAUGUGCAGAGAUUCUCAAAGGCCAUUGGAGCCAAGGAUGGAAUGGAAAGUAAAAAUAAGGAGUGAUGGCACGAGAUAUAUCACUAAAAGGCCAGUAAGAGACAAACUUCUGAAAGAGCGUGCCUUAAAAAUCAAAGAAGAGAGGAGUGGUAUGACAACAGAUGAUGAUAUGAUGAGUGAGAUGAAAAUGGGACGAUACUGGAGUAAAGAGGAAAGGAAACAGCACCUUAUGAGGGCAAAAGAGCAGAGAAGGCGUAGAGAAUUCAUGAUGCGCAGUAGACUUGAGUGUCUUAAAGAAAGCCCACAAAGCGGCAGUGAAAGUAAAAAAGAAAUCAGUAUAAUUGAACUAAGUCACAGAAAAAUGAUGAAAAAGCGGAACAAAAAGAUCUUAGACAACUGGAUGACAAUCCAAGAACUUAUGACACACGGUGAAAGAUCUCCUGAGGGUUCCAGAGUACAUAAUGCCUUUUUAUCAGUCACUACUGUUUGAGUAGGACUGUAAAAGAGUAGGCUAUCUUUUUAGAUAGAGUACGAUUGCCUCGUUCAAUGUGGCAUUUUUAUAUAUUUUGUGACUGUUUAUAGUUUCAAUUUUGUAAAAAUCUAUUUGGCAAUUUUACAUUUUUUUCAUAUAUAACUAAUUUGCCUAUUACUAUUGAAUGAUUUGUUAAUAUAUUACAAUGUUCUUUUUUGUAAAAAUGAAACUUGAAAGAAAGCCAUUUGUUUUCUUACUAUGAUGUAUCUAUUGUAAGUUGAAAUUUUUUAAUUAUUUCUCUAGGUCAUUUUCUUUUCUACUUUCAUGAUAACGUACAGUAAAUGCCAAAAUAAACAGUUUUGUAUACAUGAUAUUUGAAGUACAUACAGAUAAAGUGCAAUGUACCAGAUCUCAUUUUAUGCUUCAGAAAUGUUCUUGAUUGAGAAUGUGUACACGGAAUAUGUAAUUUACAACUGUAUUUGUCCAAGUCAAGUGUCAGUGAGCAACCUUGCCACCAUUUGUGCUGGCCCCAGUCAUGUAGCUAGAUAUAACUGUGGAG